AUGUCCGCACCCGCCAAAUCACGAUGGGCGAAUACAGAAGAAGACGCGGAGCUGGAUGCCAAGCUUAAACGGGAAAGGGAGGAAAAGCGACGCAAAAAGGCCGAAAAGGCGCGACAGCUCGAGGAGAAAAAGCAGGCCGCUGCAGCGGCCUCACGCGAUGACGAGGAUCGCCCUUUGAAGCGUCGCAAAAUGACGCCGGAGCUAGCCACGCGGUCGGGAGAGAGUUCGUGGGGCCGCAGUAACAGCGUCGAGGACUACGACAAGCUCAACGACAUUGAGGAGGGCACCUACGGCUGGGUCGCACGCGCAACACGGCGCGCCACAGGCAAGGUGGUGGCUCUGAAGCGCCUCAAGCUGGAUCCUGCAGACCGCAGCGGGCUGCCUGUGACGGGCUUGCGAGAGAUUCAGAUUUUGCAUGAUUGCAAGCAUCGCAAUGUAGUCACGCUUGAGGAGGUCGUCGUUGGCAGCAACGUGAAUAAGAUGGACAAUUCAAUAUUCCUUGUCCUCGAAUUCGUCGAGCACGAUAUUAAGAGCAUUCUAGACGAUAUGCCGGAGCCAUUCCUGGCCUCGGAAAUCAAGUGUCUUUUGCAGCAGCUAACUGCAGGGGUGGCCUACUUGCACGAGAACUGGAUCCUACACCGCGACCUUAAGACAUCCAAUCUGCUUCUCAAUAAUCGUGGCCAGCUCAAGAUUGCCGAUUUUGGCAUGGCCCGCUACGUCGGCGACCCUGCGCCCAAACUCACCCAGCUGGUCGUGACGCUCUGGUACCGCAGCCCGGAGCUCCUCUUAGGCGCCAAAACCUACGACACGGCCGUCGACAUGUGGAGCGUCGGCUGCAUCUUCGGUGAGCUGAUUGCCCGCGAGCCUCUCCUCCAGGGCAGCAACGAGGUGGACCAGGUGACCAAGAUCUUUGAGCUGUGCGGCGUGCCGACCGACGAGUCCUGGCCCGACUUCCGCAAGCUCCCCAAUGCGCGCUCGCUGCGGUUCCCCAAGACGGCCGCCGUCACGGGCUCUGUGAUGCGCGCCAGGUUUCCGAGCAUGACUUCGGCCGGCACCGGGCUACUCGCGGCGCUCCUUGCUCUCGAUCCCGACUCCCGCCCAUCGGCCAAGCAGAUGCUGCAGCACGAGUACUUUCGCCAGGAUCCCAAGCCCAAGCCGGAGAGCAUGUUUCCCACAUUUCCCAGUAAGGCGGGCCAGGAGCGGCGACGGCGACAUGAACCGAAUGCCCCUGUGCGUGGGCAGCAGGCUGCUGCGCUGGGCGAUGUGGACUUUAGUGGCAUCUUGCAGGGCAGAGACAAAGAAGAGCGUGGCGGUGGAUUCAGUCUGCGCAUGGUUUAA